AAACGAGGAAAUGAAGAGAAUGUUAAACGAAGCGCCAUCGCAACUGUUUCUUUUUUAUUCUUCUCUCUUUUGAAGAGCAGGCGCCAAAUAUCAUUUUCUUUUCUUUUUCAUUUGUUUACGUUUUUUUCUGUUUUAAUUUUUUAGAAUUUUAAUUAUGUUCUAUCGUCGUAUUAUUAAGGAUUUGCUUUCGGUUAAUUUGUGUCAAAAGCGUUUCAGUUCACAGAGUUGGAGGAUUUCAGGUGGAAAAGAUGUUGCCAGAUAUACUACUGCGAUUGCUGUUGGAUUUCUUGGUUUGACUUUUGCUUCUGUUCCUUUGUAUCGUAUGUAUUGUCAGGUUACUGGUCAAGCUGGUCAACAAGGUUUCCUUGGGUCAACGGUUGAUAAGGUUGAAGAAAUGAAAAUUGAUAAAAAUAGACGUUUAAGAGUCUCUUUUGUUGCUGAUGCUGCAACUGAUUUACUUUGGGAAUUUAAACCUGUACAACAUUCAAUUGAGAUUAGUCCUGGUGAAACAACGUUAGCAUUUUUCACUGCUAAAAAUCCUCUUAAAGAUCCUGUUAUUGGAAUGGCGACUUAUACUGUUCUUCCAUUUGAAGCUGCUAAAUAUCUUAACAAAAUUCAAUGUUUCUGUUUUGAAGAGCAAAGAUUAAAUCCUGGAGAAGAGGUUGAUUUACCUGUUUUCUUUUACAUUGACCCAGCUUAUAAUGACGAUGCUCGAUUAGAUACAGUAACCGAUAUUAUAUUGUCUUACACCUUUUUCAUUGCCAAGGAAGGAAUUAAAUUACCACUACUCGGACAAUUGAAUCCACUACCAAGCUGAAAUUUAUGACUAAUUUAUUACAAAGAGACAACGAAAAUUGAAUCGUCGCUUUUGUGAUUUUAUUUUCCUUUCACUUUCAAUCCAUCAACAAGUGUCAAUAUUGAUCAAUUUGUGGCUAUAAGAUCGGAUCUUAACCACCAUAAGGGCUCUAAUCUAACAUGCAACACCAUCGAUCCUUAAAUUGUCAACAAUUUAUCAACAAUUUAGCCACCAAUUCAGCCUUAAAACUCAAUCAAACUGUAAAAUUGAAACUGUGCAUAUAAUUUAGGAUUACUUAGAUAAAAUGGAUUAUUUAAUAUUAUCUGUCAAGUGAAUGUUUAAAAUUAUAAAUAUGUAUACUAAAUUUCAAUUAAAUGUCUAAAAAUUUAGAUUAUAAAUCAAAAAUUUUGAUUCAAAAUUAAAAAAUUGUUUUAUAAAUCA